CUGCCCCUGCUCAGCAAUAGGAGUUAUACUCGUAGAACAAGUACUUCCACCAGCACAAGUUGCAGAUUUAGGAUGACAACUUGACAGAAAACUAUUAGGAGGAGAAAAUGCACGAAAAACUGAAGAAGCUUUUUGUGGCAGGAGCCGCGGCGCUCUGCUCUGGCAGGGAGCAGUCGGCGCAAGCGUAUGUGAUACAGCCACGUGUUACGAAGCACGCGAUCGUGAAGCAACCGCGACAGCAGGUUUCCGACAAGAGGAAUACACCCAAAGCGUCGAGCGCCGCCCGUAGCUCUGCGCAGUUUGUCCAGGUCUCCUCGAAAAGUUUGACCGAGCGCCAGCAUGAGACAGUUGCAGCCACGAGGAAGGCUAGGCAAGAACACGAGAAGAGGGUCGCGACGUCCGCAAAAUCGGAACCGGUGAAGCUUACCAUGACCAUUGCUGGUUCCCCGAAAGCCAGCGCGCAAGCCUCCCCGCCGGCCGCGGCUCCGGAUGGGGUUCCCCCGGUUGAUGAUCACACUGCAUCGGGCGGACGGAAGUCCGGGAAAGCGAACGACGAGGGGAUCAACUCCCGCAACCUGAUGAUCUCGGGGUUCGUUCUGAUCGUCCUGUUUGUGGGCAUCAGCAUGUGCUGCUACUACGCGGCCUGCUACAAGCCGCAGGACGAAACUGGGCGCUACUUCAAGGAGCAGGCCCGCGCCGCGCAAGAGGCGCACGAGGUCGCCAAGAUCACGGCGGCGAUGAAUCAAUUUGGCAUUGCGCGCCCGCACAGCAAAACCCCGGCGGGGGGAAGGCCCGUCCUGCUUGACCGCCAGAACAGCAACCCCGGCGUUCCCGCAGCCGCGAUGACGGUGCAACAGCAGCGGGCGUCCGCGCAACGCGCCACGGGACAGCGCACCAGCGGACCACGCGCGGCCAGUGCGGCCCAGGCCGAGGCAGUCGUGGUUGCAGCGGACUUCGAGGUCCCGCAGUCCGAGCAAUUGACCGAGGAUGGUCUGUUUCAGCACGAAGCCCUGUUUCGCACCCGCACUCAAGAGCUCGCCGCAGCGGAGCGCGCCGCUGGGGCUUCAAACGUCAAGCGUGACAUCAUGUAA